UGCUGUCCCUUCCUGCCCCCCCGCCGCCCCAAAGCUGGACAUAAAAGCGAGACCCAUCCUCGGUCCCGGCUGAGCAGCGUCCGCCCUGCAGAACCCACGCACCCCACGGCCGGGCUCCACUGCAGCCAUGGGGCCGAGUCCCGCUCCCGUCCUCAUCCUCGCUCUGCUGCUGCUGCUGGGGGGCACAGUGAACGGGCAGCCCCGGGGACGGAUCCUGGGGGGCUACGAGGCCAAGCCCCACCUGAGGCCGUACAUGGCCUCGCUGCAGCUGGACGGGCAGCACGUCUGCGGGGGCUUCCUCAUCGCCGAGCAGUGGGUGCUGAGCGCCGCACACUGCACUGAGGAGACGGACGGCAAAGUCUUCCAGGUCCUGCUGGGCGCCCACUCGCUCACGGAGCCGGAGCCCCACAAACGCCUGUACCGGGUGCGUGACCAGAUCCCCCACCCCGGCAGCAACAUCCACAACAACAAGGACGACCUUCUCCUCCUCCAGCUGGAGGAGAAAGCGGAGCUGAACGCGCACGUGCAGGUGCUGCCGGUGCAGCGGGAGGACAGGGACGUGGCGGCCGACACGGUGUGCGAGGUGGCAGGUUGGGGAACCAUCAACCACAGCGGCCGCCAGCCCGACACGCUCUACCAGGUGGAGCGGCCGGUGAUCAGCCGCGACGUCUGCAACCACCGCACCCGCCACGACCACACCAUCACCGAGAAGAUGAUGUGCACUGACUCCCGCAGGAAGGACACCUGCAAGGGAGAUUCUGGUGGCCCCCUGGUCUGCGGCGGGGUGGCCGAGGGGGUGGUCACGGCCGGCUCCCGCGUCUGCGGCAACUACAAGAAACCGGCCAUCUACACCCGCAUCGCCCCGUACGUGGCCUGGAUCGACAGCGUCGUGGCCUCCAAGGCUGGGGAGGGAGACGCUCACUGAGCCGCCCCCAGGGACCCCGGCUCCACGCCACGGCUUGCUGCUGCCGGCACGGCCAGAGCACCCACACUGCUGCCCAGGGGGCUCCCACCGCUCCCCCGACCCGCUCCCGCAGAGCCCCCCUGCGCCAGGAGGGCGGCUGGGUUGGGGGACUGGCGAGAAACCAGGGAAAGGGGUCCCCGGCCCCUCACUCGCACAGCACAGGACCCAGCUGGGGUGGGGGGGCUCACAGCCCUCCCCCCCAGGCUGGCGCAAGCCCCAGGCUUUGCUGACCCUGCCAGUAACGCUGACCGCGACCCGCUGCAAUAAAGCGAUGACGAUUCCUGCA